CCGGCUCGGCCCGCCCCCGCGGAGGGAUACGCGCGGCCGCGGCCCAAAACCCUGGGGCGAGGCGGUCCGGGCGUGUGAGCGGCUCGGCCUGCUGCGCGUGUCGUCGUGGUCCACGCGGGGCUUGGUCGGGCAGUGCGCCGCGCGGACGGCCUCGCCCGAACAGGCCCGCGCUCCGAGGCCGGCGCUCCCGGCGCACCUACCCGCUGUCCGCGUCGGGGCUACGCGCGGCCCGGAGAGGCCGUCCUCCCGCGUCCUCCACCGCGCGGGGAGCCGGGCCGGGCAAGAGGCGGCGCGGAGGCCGGGGGCCCGCGCCCGGCCGCCGCCCGCGAUGCUGCUCUCCAAGUUCGGCUCCUUGGCGCACCUGUGCGGACCAGGCGGCGUGGAUCAUCUCCCGGUGAAAAUCCUGCAGCCAGUCAAGGCAGACAAGGAGAGCUUCGAGAAGGUGUAUCAGGUGGGCGCCGUGCUGGGCAGCGGCGGCUUCGGCACGGUCUACGCAGGCAGCCGCAUCGCCGACGGGCUCCCGGUGGCCGUGAAGCACGUGGUGAAGGAACGGGUGACCGAGUGGGGUAGCAUCGCCGGCGCGGCUGUACCCCUGGAGGUGGUGCUGCUACGCAAGGUGGGCGCGGCCGGAGGCGCGCGCGGGGUCAUUCGCCUGUUGGACUGGUUCGAGCGGUCCGACGGCUUCCUACUGGUGCUGGAGCGGCCCGAGCCGGCGCAAGACCUCUUUGACUUCAUCACAGAGCGGGGCGCGCUCGACGAGGCCCUGGCGCGCCGCUUCUUCGCGCAGGUGUUGGCCGCCGUGCGCCACUGUCACGGCUGCGGGGUCGUGCAUCGCGACAUCAAGGACGAGAACCUGCUGGUGGAUCUGCGCUCGGGCGAGCUCAAGCUCAUCGACUUCGGCUCGGGUGCGCUACUCCGCGACACCGUCUACACCGACUUCGACGGCACCCGCGUGUACAGCCCCCCGGAGUGGAUCCGCCACCACCGCUACCACGGGCGCUCGGCCACCGUGUGGUCCCUGGGCGUGCUGCUCUACGACAUGGUCUGCGGCGACAUCCCCUUCGAGCAGGACGAGGAGAUUCUCCGGGGCCGCCUCUUCUUCCGCAGGAGGGUCUCCCCAGGUGCGCUGAGGGGCUGGGCCUGCCGCUGGCGGCGAGGUGUCGCGGGGCGGCCCUGCCCUGACCCCCUCUCCCCCCCCAGAGUGCCAGCAGCUCAUUCAGUGGUGUCUGUCCCUGCGGCCGUCCGAGAGGCCCUCGCUGGACCAGAUCUCUGCCCACCCCUGGAUGCUGGGGGCCGAGGGGGGCACCGCGGAGAGCUGUGACCUGCGGCUCUGCGCCCUGGACACGGACGAUGGGGCCAGCACCACGUCCAGCAGCGAGAGCUUGUGAGCAGGGCCUGCCCCUGGCCGUGGCAACCGGAGGGGACCCCUGCGCUAUGCCCGGGCCUGCGCUGGGCCGGCUCUGCCGGGCCGUCUGCCCCUUGCGAAAGCAGUGACCUCUGACCCCUGGUGACUUUGGCCUUUGGCACCGGCCGGUUCCCUUGCUUUGAGUGCCUUUUCGAACGCUGCUCUCACGGGACUUAGUUUUCUCAAGCUCUGUCUGCCCAAAGACACUCCGGUCCAAGCCAGGUCCCGCCUGCCCACGGCCGGCGCUUGACCCGAGACCGUCCCUGUCCUGUGCUGCUCCGGAGGUGGCCCUGACCUCCCCGCCCCUCUGCGUCUGACGUGUCGGACCAGGAGCUCUCCCGUGUCCUGUGGCCUCGUCUCACGUGGGCACGGGGUCCCUCAUCAUGCCCCCCCUCCCACCCUCGUGUCUCGGUGUUCGUCUGGGCACGUCUGUGCACAAGCAAUGCAACGUUCAGGCCUUGCUGCCCGCCCGCCCACCCGAUGCGUGUGCAACCGUCUUAUUUAUGGUGUGACCCCGAGGAGGGCUAUUUAUUGUUUAAUUUAUUUGUUGAGGUUUCUCCCUCCCAGCAGCCCUAGCUCCUCAAGGCCUGUGGGCAGAGGAGGGGGCGGCUGUGCGUGUGGACCCCAGGUCCCAAUCCUACCCGUGUCUGUCAGAAGGUGGACUUGUACAGUGGCUAAUUUAAGGGGAGUGGGUGACCCCGCCCCCUUGCGGCUCUGCGCCCUUGGGGGGUGGGUUUUAAAUUAUUGACCUUGUACAGUCUGCUUGUUGGCUCUGGAGGCUGGGGGGUGGGGGGACAGAGUCUCAAGCCUUUAAUUUAUUUCAGCAGUUGUGUUUGUGUGAUCCCGGUGUGCGUAGGCACUGCGGAUAGGGCUUUCUUUCAGUUCAAAAGUGAGACAUCUGGAAAUCAUAUUUUUCUACAGGUAUUUCAGUUAAA